UUGGCAUUGGUUCUGAACAAUUUCUUUUGACAAAGUAAUUGGGAAGUCGUUUAUCGAAUUUUUGAUGUGCUUUAUGGAGCCUCCUAGUCCUCGAGGCAAGUGCCGGGGCGUAAAUGCCACCCCACCAACCCUAACCACCAUAUUCCAAUUAAUAUCCAUUUUCAGUUUAAUAUCCUCCACAACGUAUGAAAAUCCAAUCUUAAAUCUUUUCCUUCAUGGAUCCCAACGUAACUGACCUAAUUCACGAUUUCCCACCAUUCUUCCGAAUCCACAAAAAUGGCAAAAUCGAGAGGUACUUAGAACCCGAUAUUGUGCCGCCGUCGAACGAUCCAAUCACCGGUGUACAAUCCAAAGACGUUGUAAUUUCGCCGGAAAUACCUGUCUCAGCGCGGUUGUACCUCCCCAUAAGUGUAACUCCCAAUCAAAAGCUGCCACUCCUUAUCUACAUUCACGGCGGCGCUUUUUCGAUCGAAUCGGCGUUUUCUUCCCUAUACCAUGACUAUCUUAAUAUUCUAGUAGCCGAAGCUAAGGCUAUUGCAGUGUCUAUUGAGUAUAGAUUAGCGCCGGAACAUCCUGUUCCGGCGUGUUAUGACGAUUGUUGGGAGGCAAUUAAGUGGGUAGAACUGCACGCUGGUGGACAGGGUCCAGAUCCAUGGUUGAAUGAAUUCGCGGAUUUUGGUCGGGUAUUCCUCGCCGGCGACAGCGCCGGAGCCAAUUUAUCUCAUAACGCGGCAAUACGAGCCAGUCUCGACGAAUUUAGAUCUGAAAUCAAAAUUGUCGGUAUAGUUUUGGUUCAUCCAUUCUUUGGGAACAAUGAACCUGACAAGCUCUGGAACUUUAUUUGCCCGGAAACCACAGGGUUGAAUGACACGAGACUGAAUCCGGCUGCGGAUUUGGAUAUGUUGUCGAAAUUAAGGUGCAAAAACGUGCUGGUUUGCAUUGCAGGGAAUGAUCGGUUGAAGGUAAGGGGACAGACUUACUAUGACGCAAUGAAGAACAGCAAUUGGAAGGGCGAAAUUGAAAUUUUAGUAACUGAAGGAGAAGAUCAUGUUUUUCAUUUGUUUAAGCCAACAUCCGAAAAUGCUGUUUUCUUGUUGAAGAAAAUUGUCGGCUUCAUGAAUAAGGACAUGCUUCCCUCUGUUCUUUAGGUUAUGGAGAUGGAAGUUAAAAAGCAUGUUUAUGUUUGUUGCUCGGUAUUAGACUGCGGAAUAAGAUAUUAAACCCUAGUUUAGUUUUAUUUCCGCUUUGAUGUGAUCAAUAUCAUGACUAUAAGAUUAUAAUUGAAAA